AGUGUGACACUUCGAAAGCCGAUAUUUGACAAUUUCAAAUAAGAACAAGCACGCAGAAGAACACAAGUGCAAACACACAUGCAAAAGAGAGGAAAAGAAAAUUUUAUGAGCGAUUUUGUUAUCGCAAUAACAUUAAUCAUAACUUGUGUGUCUAGUUAAUAGUGAAUGAAACAACGGCCGUACUGUGCACAUUUGUUUUUUUUUUGUUGAAAGUCAAAUGAAUCAAAAAGUGUUUUUAACAAAGUUGAAGCAAGAGAAUAGCAAGAAAAAAGUGGUGUGUCAGCACAAGCACCAGCCUAUGCUAUCGAAUUUACAUUGAUUACGUGGUAAAUGCACAGUGGUCACUUGGAUAAAUAGCAUACAAGGAAACAGCACCGAUUCUAGAAGAGGCUUUGAUCACACUUGGCAAAAGUGCUUCCGUAAAAGCUGAAUAAACAUACCGUAAUCAUUGCACAACCAAACAAAGAAUAUAAUUAAAACGACGAACAAACGCUCAAUUCGAAAUCAAUUUUUGUGAUAACCAACCGAGUAUUAAAAGUAGGUCUUACGUGGUCCUAAUUACAAUUUGUUCAUUAGAAUUAUUAGCAGUAGCAGCAAUAAACGCAACAUGACAACUAUGAAUAUCGUUUUAAUUUUUAUGGAAUUGAUAUGUUUUGUAACGAUAUCACAUGGAUACGAAGUUUUAUAUGCAAUAAAUGCGGGCGGUGAUGCUUUUACCGAUUCGCAUGGCAUUUUUUAUGAUGGCGAUCCGCUGGAUGGAAAAAUUGGCACCGCAUCCGAUUUUGGAAAAUCAUUACGCAUCGGACGUGUACCCGAAGAGGAUGAGCUCAUUUAUCAAACCGAACGAUAUCAUACCGAUUCGUUUCAUUAUGAUAUUCCUGUGCCGACCGACGGUGAAUAUAUAUUGGUAUUGAAAUUUAGCGAAGUUUAUUUCACCAAUGCGGAUAUGAAAGUGUUUGAUGUGGUUCUCAAUUCGGCGCACACAAUUGUUAAGAAAUUGGACAUUUUCAAGCAUGUUGGCAAAGGUGUUGCACACGAUGAAGUGAUUUAUUUUACGGUGUCACGCGGAAUUUUACAUUUGGACGGAGAUGAAUCGCGUGUACGAAACGGUCAAGUGCGUCUUGAAUUUGUUAAAAUUUUGAACUAUGACAAUCCGAAAAUCAACGGAAUCAUUUUAUUCAAAGGACAUAAUCGAAAAGACUUGGAUCAAAUACCACGAUUACAACCGGUUGAAGAGUACUUUGAUCAUGUAUUGAAGGAUAAAUUGGACGUGUAUGAACCGGAUGAUGAUACAAUUCAAAAUAUUCGCGAAGAUGCGAAACAAGAAACGCCUAAAAUACGGAAAACCAGUGGACCUAAACAAGAUAACCCAUAUACACUCGACGAUUCAUCGACCAUGCUACCGAUUUUCAUCGCAAUCGGAGCAUUUGUUCCGCUACUGUUUUGCCUGUGCAAAAUGUGAUUUAAUCACACUUCCACAUAUAUAGUGAAUAAACCGCAUAAGUUAAUGUUAUCAAUCAGCAAAAAUCAAAAGCCAUAUUUUAUGGUGAUUAUUAGCUAAGGUGAUUAUGCAAUGACAGAUUUUUUGUUUCGUUUGAAAAAAAAAGAAAAAGAAAAAAGAACCGAGUUCAUUUAAAGGCAUGUUAUUGAAUUUCGAUAAGAAAAUGCGCACAUAGUGUUUUUCUUCCCUGAUUUAUUAAUCAAUGUAAUAACGCACAUAACGAACAACAAGUAGAAAAAAAUUGUUUUUUUUCCUCUUCACAAUAAUAGUAAGAAUGAGUUAUUGUGACCGACUGAUGAUUUAGUAAAUAUUUGACUGGUUCUCUAUUUUAAGUUACAAAACAGAGAGUUUUGUCAGCCACUGUGUGUGUGAAGAUAGAAUUUAAAAAUUAUUAAAAAUUAAAUUUAUAAAAUUUAAUAACAAUAAGAACAAAUUUGGUGAGGGGAAUUCAUCAUCACGAUUAUUUUUUUUCUGUUUAGUCUGUGCAAUCUCAUCAUUCUCUUUUAAACAUGUUUCAUUUUUCUGCAUUUCAAUUGACAAUUAUAUCAAGACGAUUUUUUUUUGUUUUGAAAAAAAAAAAAAAAAAUACCUUUGUGAUCUGUACUGAUUUUAAUUUCGCUUACCAUUAACAAUGUACUUAAGCGAGUGAAUUGCGGGCUUCUCAUACAAUUAAGCUGAAACAAAUGUAUCACAUUUAUCCAAGACAUAUUAUGUGUAAUUUAGUUUAAUUAUACUAUUGUUGAUAAAACAAAAGAUGAAUUUAAUUUCUUCGUGUGUAUGUUUAAAUGUAUCUGAAUAAAUAAAAAUGCGAA